UAUAAGCUGAAUGCAUAAGCUACAUUAAGCAUCAGAGCAUUGAGGUGAGAACAGGCGACACAUCGAAAGAGAACUGCCAUAUCUUUAAGAAACAGAGCCUCACUCAAAACGUUGCUCACCUCUGAUACCUCAGAUGUAAUUAGUGACACAUUUUGGAACUUAUUCAUUACAGCACAUAAAACACCGUCUUAUUUUCCUAGAGCCAAUAAAAAAAAAAUUACAGUAAUCACAAGAAAACUUUCGGAAAUAAAUACCAACGAUGGCAUCAAGGAAAACUAAUCUUCAGCGAUCGGCUGCUGCAGCGGAAACAAAUGGAAUGAAAACUAUUGAUUCGGGCUUGGAUAUCGGCAGAUUUAACAUCCACUCGGCUCCUAUCCCAGGUAACUAUAGCUUAACAACAACUAGCAGACAUGUUGAUUCAAUUACCAGAUAUAAAAGCGCUGUGAAAAUGCUGCUUCCCAUACGUUUGACGGGAAAAGUCGAGGGACUCAUACCAACACAUAAAGUAGGAUUGUUUUCAUUUGCCUAUAUCACAUGGUUUACAAAGAAGCUUUUCGACUUCUUUCGCAAGCAAAGGAAAGGAGAAAUGGCCAGUAUAUUGAUUUGCGGUAAAGAAGAUAGCUGUGAGAAAACAAUUCCAAGGCUGAAACAAAUCUGGCUUGAAGAACUUUCGAAAAAGGGACCAGAAAAUGCUUCGUUUAACAAAGCAGUCAUACGUUUUGCCCGAACCCGAAUCAUUAUGGCAAUAAUAUUCAUUUGCUUCAACGCAAUUAUAUCGUUCCUCGCAGCCAGCUUCCUUAUAAGACUCUUCGUUCAAUAUCUAGAGUCACCUGACCAAACUGUAACCACAGGACUCAUUCUAGCGACAGCAUUAACAGUAUGCCACUUUAUUCGAAAUUUUACUUAUUCAUUCAUAUGGUGCACCAACUUUGUUACUGGACAUCGUGUUCGAAAUAGCUGCCUCGGUUUGAUGUACGAUAAAGUGCUGAGGCUGCAAAAUAUAGGUAGUAAACAGAUGGGUGAGUUAGUAAAUAUUUUCGUGGCUGAUGGAUAUCGUCUGUACAUGGCUUGUCUGACUUCACCUUAUUUCUUGGCUGCUCCGUUUUUCAUGGUUAUUGCACUUGGCUAUUGCUUCUACCUAAUACGAUUGUGGGGCUUACUUUCAGCCGCCAUUUUCCUAUUCAGCUAUCAGAUACAGAGGUUUCUGUCAGCGUAUAUUGCAACUCUCUUGAAGAGGUCCACGGCGCUAACCGACAAAAGGGUUCGGAAAAUGAACGAAAUCAUCAACAGCAUCAAAUUAAUCAAGAUGUACAGUUGGGAAUCAGCUUUCUCUUCUGUCAUAACAGUACUACGGAGAGCAGAAAAGAAAACAUUAAAGCGAAUCAGUGUCUUACAAGGAAUUGCUAACGGUAUCGUCCCCAUCAUACCGACCCUCACUUCGGUGACUACUAUCGCCGCCUUUCGGGCAAGCGGCAAUGAAAUUGAUGCGUCUACAGCGUUUGCAUUCAUUGGUGCACUCAAUUUUAUGCGGAUUGUGCUCGUGAUACUUCCCUGGGCUACACGAACAAUAUCAGAAGCAAAAGUUCGUUUAAAAAGAAUGGAGCAAAUUUUGCUUAUGGAUGAAUUCUCGCCGGAUUACUGUGCAACUUCUUCGCCAAUGAACGCCAUUGAAAUAAAAAAUGCCUCUUUUGACUGGGGACAAGUAGAAGAUCCAAGAAAAGAAGAGGAGAAAAAGAAGGAGAAAAAGAAGAAGACGAAAGCAGCAGUUGAACCUCAGAGCUAUACUCGAACAGCUUCAUUUCACAUUGGGACUUCCUCCUCACUUGGAAACGGUGUCUCAGCUCUUAAUUAUACUCUUAAUGAUAUAUCAUUGAACGUAGAAAAGGGGAAAAUAAUUGGAAUCUGCGGACCUGUUGGCAGUGGUAAAAGUUCCCUUCUGUCGGCCAUUCUUGGUAGGAUUGAGAAAAAGAAGGGAACUAUUGCUGUAGACGGUAGUAUAGCGUAUACUCCUCAGCAAGCUUGGAUCUUCAACGGGACUCUCAAAGAAAAUAUUUUAUUUGGUCAAGAAAUGGAUGAGAGAAGAUAUGCUGCCGUCAUUCAAGCCUGCUCCCUUGAAACAGACUUGAAACUCUUUGAGGAACGAGAUGAAACAGAAAUCGGUGAUCGCGGUGCCAACUUGAGCGGAGGUCAGAAACAGCGACUGAGUCUGGCGCGCGCUGUGUACAGCGGGCGAGAUAUUUACCUUCUCGAUGACCCACUUUCAGCAGUUGACGUCAAGGUGGCGAAACAUCUGUUCUACUCUUGUCUCAAGAAAUACCUCUACCACAGCACAAUCAUUAUAUGUACUCAUCAGUUACAGUUUUUACAAGAUUGUGAUACUAUCCUAGUUUUAGAAAAUGGUCGUAUCGCUCAAAAUGGAACACACGAUGAAAUUAUGCAACAAGACGGCUACUACAAGAGAGCUAUAACGAGUUUUCAUUCUAAAAAUUUAUCAAGGGAUAGUUCUUCAGAAACUCUAAAUAAAGUUGAAACUCCAAGCAAAGAGCUUCCUUUACCCGAUCAGCAAUCAGUUUCGCGAGAAAGCGAUCAUGGUGAAAACCAAAAAGAAACACCACACGAUGGCGGCCUCACAAUAAAAGAACAAAUCAUUAUUGACAGUGUACCUCUCUCUGUCUACCAAAGUUAUAUCAAGGCUGGUGGAGGAUGUUUCUUAUUUUUCUUAGUCUUACUAAUCUAUGGCCUCACAUUUGGUUCCAUUGUCUUCAGUGACUGGUGGCUUAGCUACUGGAUUAACACUUCUUGGAAUGCUACUGGAAUGAAAGAGGGGAGUUUGGAGAAUAUUACUGAUCGUUCAAUAACAACUCAUUUUUAUCUCAAUUCAAACGAUUCAACAUUAUCUACACCAUACAUGGGCACAAGCAAUUUGAUGCCAAUAACUGAUGAAUCCUCGGUUUUUAAUGACAGUGCAACGACUGCGAUGUUCGAUACAGUAACAUCAAUAUACAAUGCAAUUACCAAUACAACAAAUUUGAUUGUCACAAAUACAACACAAAUGUACCAGAAUUCAAAUACAAUUGUCACAAAUACAACAGAUACGUAUAAGAAUUCAGAUACCAGUAUAACAGAUUUGAUCUUUAAGCGAAAUAUAUACCAGAACUUAGUCACCAAUACAACAGAUCCGAACAUCUUGGAUAUAGGAGACAUGUCCCAGAAUUCCACACUCAAUGCGACAUCUGAUUAUACCAACAGGGAUUGGUUUUAUCUCGUAGUUUAUUCCUCCGUAGCUGUCGUAAUACCCGUAUUGCUAAUUUUGAAAGGAAUAUCACUAGCAACACUUACAAUGUCUGCUUCUACUACUAUACAUGAUAAUAUAUUCACAAACGUCGUUAGAAGUCCAAUGAGCUUCUUUGACAGCAAUCCUCCAGGAAGAAUCAUGAAUAAAUUUUCGAAAGAACUAGAUGAAGCUGAUUACACAUUACCGCAGUUACUGGAUAUAUUACUUCAGGUGUUUAUGCAAUUCGUGAUUUUAGCUAUUAUGUCUCUCCAGACUAAUUUGAUGUUUAUCAUUGGAUUCGUCUUAGCCUUUAUCAUAAUGUAUUUGCUUCGCUAUAUAUCAAUUGCGGCCGUACGACAAUUGAAGCGACUGGAAAACCUCAAGCGCUCAGUUUUACUUGGUCACGUCAAUACAACCACCAACGGACUUGUGACAAUAAACACAUUCAACCAAAAUGAAUUUUUCUUCAAAAGAUUUUGUUACCACCACGAUGUCGUGUGCUCAGUGGAACUUCUGUUCGAUUUCGCCCUCCGUUGGGUGGGAGUUCGGCUAGAUCUUACUUUCAUAUGUAUUUUCGUAGCAGCGGUUUAUAUUUUUGCUCUCGGUAAAGGCACAAUUUCCCCUUCGUUUGCAGCUAUGACAUUGAACUUUUUAACGCAGAUUCUCAACAUGUCCCAAUUCCUUAUCCGGAUUAUCAAUGACACGGAAUCAAGGUUUACAAUUAUUGAACGCUUAAAUCAAUUUCGCUCUUUGACUCCCGAAAUUACAGAUGAGGCCAGAAAUAUACCAAAAAAAAACAAUUGGCCCAGAACAGGAGACAUUAGAUUUUCAGGAGUUUGGAUGAAAUACAGAGAGGAUAUGAAAUACAUCUUCAAAGAUGUCUCCUUUCACGUCCGUGACAAUGAAAAGAUUGGUAUCGUGGGUCGUACUGGCGCCGGCAAAUCAUCCCUGGGUAGUAUUCUGUUCAGGCUUGUAAAGGUAGACAAAGGAAAGGUUUUAAUUGAUGAUGAUGACAUUUCUGAGAUUAACCUCGAGGAAUUAAGAUCGAAAAUAUCAAUCAUACCACAAGACCCUGUUCUAUUUUCUGGCACAAUAAGAUACAAUCUUGACCCUUUCUCUGAGUACUCAGAUGAAGAACUGUGGCAAUCUCUGGAAAAAGUACAGAUAAAGUCCAAAAUCAUGAACAUGGAGCAUUGUCUUGACUCAAUGGUUGAAGAAAAUGGUGAAAAUAUUUCUGUUGGAGAAAGGCAACUAAUUUGCAUGGCACGAGCACUCUUGAAGAACAAUAAGAUUUUAUUGCUGGACGAAGCUACCGCCUCCAUAGAUACAGGAACCGAUGCUAUAAUACAAGCAACAAUUGCUAGAGUCUUUUCUGACUAUACUGUAUUGACAAUUGCACAUCGUCUGAACACAGUAUUAAACUGCGAUAAAAUAUUGGUUAUGGACCAAGGACAGAUCAUUGAAUUUGAUUCACCAGAGGUCCUCCUUAGUAAGCCGUCAUCAAUGUUUAGUCAAAUGAUGUCAACAAGUGGUGGGGGAGCACUGUAAUUAUCACAGAAAACAAACUAAUACAUAGGUGAGUCAGUGGCAAGUUGACAUAUGAAUGUGUGUGUGUAUGUAGAUACAAACCUAUUUACAGGGUGCUUGGGCUAAAUUUGACAGUUUACAUAAGAGAAAAAGAAAAUACAAUAUCCCAUCCAAAAAUAAAAUAAAUUUAAAAAAUCAAAAAAUAUCAACUAGAUUUAUGGCUAGGUGAUAACAAUUUAAAGUAGCCUCCCUCAGCUUCCACCAGAGCCUCAAGACAACUCCAGAACCUGAUGCAUGCAUUCUUAACAGUGUUCCAAGAAAGAUCUCUGAACACAUCCUUGAUCUUGGCCAUCAGCUCAGCCUCAGUGUUGUAGGCAGAGCAGUUGGUGUCUUUCUGAACCAUGCCCCACAUAUAAGUAAUCCAUGGGAUUAGAACAGGAGGAAUUAGGAGGCCAGAAAUUGGGACUGGUAAGACCAUAGAAAUUUUCAGACAAUCACUUAUGAAACUUCCCAGAGGUAUGGCAAGAAGCUGAAUCCUGCUGCUAUACAUAUGGCCUCCUGGCAGCAACCCUCUCCAGGUAGAGUUUGACCACAGUUUCCAGCAGCUUCACAAAGCCAUCUGAAUUGAGCCGAAGGCACUGUUCAAAGAUGUGGGGCAACAUAACAUCACACUCAUUGAAGAUAUAUACUCAACGACCAUCACAGAUUGUGAGAACUUGGUUUUCAUGAUUUUCAUGUCAUGUUUCACAGCUUUCACUGUGCUCACAGAGCAUGCACAGCAGUCAUGUCAGCAUUUUGAUACACAGCACAAAUCAUCAUGAUACAAUAUUCAAAUGGCUUCCAGUGCUCCAUGUCAGCUAACAUUUUCUCAACUACAACUUUCAUCUUUAUGCUCUCCAACACAGUUGACUAUUCACCAAUAUAGGAGGCUGUUCUUGAAAGAAGGCAUGAAAGUCAUCAAACCUAGCUUGAACACGUUAUACGCAUGCACACACACACAUACACACUAUAUAUAUGUGUGGGGGGUAUAUGUAUGUGUGUAUAUGUGUAUAUAUACACACACAAUAUAUAUAUAUACACUUGGAAAUAGAUGUGCAGCAUUC